ACCUUUACUAAUAAUCCCUAAGAGACAAAUUGCAGACAUUCUCUCUAUCUCUCUCUCCCUCCCUUCAAGUUUUUUAACUUUUCUGGGUUUUCACAUUUCUCUCAAAAGCACACAUACUUCUCUCUCCAUCAAAACGACAACAAUUCUGUAACCUCCUGAAUUUAAAUAGACUAAAGUUAUAAAUAUUGUUAUAUUAUCAACAAAACUUUGUGUACUGCUGUGUAGGGUUUCCUUAAGCAUUUGAAGCUAUAAUAUGACAUACCACAUCAUCUAAGAAUCUCUAUAUAUAAAAUUGCAAGUUCCAAGAAACACAAGAGACAGACAAUUUCAAAUGGUUAGAGAAAAUAUGUACUACACCAAUACCGCCACCGCCAACGGAGGAGAUGGUAGAGGCGAUGGUGGUGAUAAUAGCACUAAACCUGCAUGGCUAGAUCGAUUAAUGGCUGAGACGUUUUUUGGAGCUUGUGUGUCCCAUGAAAAUCGCAGGAAAAAUGAAAAGAACAUCUUUUGCUUGCUCUGUUGCCUUAGUAUUUGCCCUCACUGCCUCUCUUCUCAUCGCUCUCAUCCUCUUCUUCAGGUGAGAAGAUAUGUUUAUCAUGAUGUUGUUAGACUAGGGGAUCUGGAGAAGCUUAUUGACUGUUCUUAUAUUCAGCCCUACACUAUAAACAGUGCUAAAGUGAUAUUCUUGAAUCAGAGGCCACAGUCAAGGUCUUGUAAGGGCUCUGCCAAUGUAUGCUUCACUUGUGACAGGAUUCUUCAAGAUCCAUUUCAUUUCUGUUCUCUCUCAUGCAAGGUUAAUCAUUUGGUGGAUCAAGGGGAGGAUCUGUCUGCCAUUCUCUACAGAAUUGAUGAAUCCGAUUUCGCAUUUUCACAAUUAGAAGGAUUAAGGAUGGACAGCUCUGAGAUAAUUGAUGAUGAUACUCAUAUUACCCCCAGUUGUUCAAUUCUAGAUGAUCAAAUGCAAUUCAAAAGCUCAUCAUGCUCUAAUGAAAUGGGCAAUUCUGGAAUUUCACAAGAGUCGGAGGUCAUUGUGAAAAGAAAGAAGAAAGGAAAUGGCUUCCUCCCAGGUUUUGUACUCUCAUUGAGUAGUAGAAGAAAGGGUGCUCCUCAGAGGGCUCCCCUUUCUUGAAUAAUAUUUACAAACUUUAAUAAAAAAAAAGGGGGCAAAAAAAAAGAUGAAGUUUACUUAAUUAUUAAUAAUAUAAUAAUAUAAAUUGAAAGUUUAAUUCGUAAUUAUGCGUGCAAUUAAGGGUAAUCACGGUUUCUAUUAAACCUAGCAUGGCUAAAAUUUGUGUUCUUUUUGGGUUGCGGUCCUAAUUUUGAUGGAGCAUUUCCAUUACUGACCUUAAGUGGUUGUAGAGAGACUGUAUUUGAAAGAUUAGUGAGGCUCUUGACUCCACUAGUUUUGUAUGAUGUAAUGGAACUUGCAAAUUGCAAUACAUGUAUGUCUUUUCCAUAAUUCAUUACGAUUUAUUUUCGGCAGAUAAGGGAUUAUGUUAAUUUUA